GUGACGUCACAAUGCGUGCGCCGUUAUUAAAUGGCUGCGAGCAGCGCUCGGUGCCGAGAUACGAACUGUAGAGCAAAGAUAUGAGAAAAAUGAAAAGAAAAGUUGCCAAGUUGAGUGGCUUCCAUCUUAGUCCAAAUGAAGAAGCACUUUUGAUAAAAGAAGAACAUGAAAGGAGGAGGAGGUUAAGAAUAAAACAGGUCAGAGAACAAGAGCGCUUCAUUGCUGUACAAAUCCGAGAAAAGGUAAAGCAGUGCCGUAAUGAACAACUUGAGCAACUAGCAACUGAGUUAAAGGCUGAAUGGCAAAUGGCACAAGGAGAAAAAACAAAGUGUCUCGAGAAAUUAUAUCUCGGUAGUUUAAAGACAGUGGGUGAGGGGCACAGACAAGCUCAAGAAAAUGAACCAGACUUGAAAAUGCAAUCAAUUCGGGUAGCAGUUAAUAGAGAAAAAGCUGAGAAAAGGCAUAGAGAAGCUUUAAUGGAGUUAAAGCAGCAAAGAGAAAAAGAUCAUGAAGCUCAAACCAGACAUAUUAAAACUCGCAAUAAAGCAUUAUUGAUCGAGAAGCAAAGAGCAAUGACAAUUGCACAUCUUCCACCACCUCCACCAGAUCCCUUUGCUGAUCUUGAAGUUCCAAAGUACCCAACAGUGAAGAUGUAUGAUAUUGACAGCUUCUCUGCCACACACUACCAUCUGCCUGAGCCUUGCGUAAGCAAGGAAAUAACCACAAAGCAGAUUAGUGCUCAACUGAUUGCUGAAAAGGAAGAAAAGCGCUUGGAAGAAUUGAAACAGGAAGCUGAUGUGGAGAGGCAUGAACAGUUGGAGAAAGCGAGAUUGAGAGGCAGUCAUGCUCUCCAAUUAGUUCAUUUGACGCAGGACAAAGAGAGACUGAUAAAGGAGCUGGAACAAAUGCAGCUUGCAGACCUAACCCGUAGAAGACAGGCUGUGGCUCAAAUGCCACCGCAGCUGUUUGAGCCACCAUAUAGAAGAGUGGAGGUAAAAGAAGAUCGGCAGAGAGAGAUGGAAAUUGCAUUUGAGGAUAUGUAUGCUGAGGAUAAAAAGAUCAAAGGUGAUGUGGUGUUGCGACUUGAGCCUGAACCUUUGCCAACCUCGUCUGUUGACAUGCAGGAUGAUGAUUUAAAUCUCUCUGUAGAACCAGAGGAAUUUCAAGAGGAUCAUUGUGCCAAAGGUGGUCGAGAGGAGUCUGAGAUGCAGCAUUUAAAAAAAACAGAAGUUCCACCAUUGGUUGUAACCAGUCAGUCCUCUGCAAGCCCAUCUAAAGCUGCCUUGGUGAGACUCCUUACCAAGAUAAGGAAACAAAAAGACCACGGUACGACAAGAUCUGAAUCAAGUGAUGCAAGCAAAGAGGUGACUAUUGAGUCUGGCUCCAUUACUAGUGACAAAACCAAACAAGGAACUUCAUCAAAAUCUGCAACCAAUGCAAGUGUAAGCGAAGAGCACCCAGAACUGCUUUCAGUGCCCAGUCAUUACAAUAAACUUAAAACAGAAACUUCUGAAGAGACGAUAGUAGCUGGAAAUACCACUUUGUUCCAUCCAAAGGAGCAAGCAAAUAGAAUUCGAUCUGAUGUUGACAGAUUGAAGCAGUUGCAUGACCUGGAACAGCAGAAGCAACAGCAGAUGGCUUUGCUAUGGCAAACUGAACAGCAGAAACAACACCUCGAAGCUAAUUUGCGACAAGCUUGGUUACAGCAGCAGCAAGGCGAAACACAAAUGCAAGAAAGACUCAGUAGUGAUGUUUGUAAUGUGCAAAAGCAAAUGAGGCAGGAACAUGAACAGUUGAAACAUUCCAAGAUUUUAGUGUCAAAUGUGGUUUCAAAAGAUGAACAAAUGCUUGCAAUCCAUCAGUAUCAACAGCAUCUUGUUGAGCAGAACAGGCUGCAUAAAGCAUCAGUGGAAGAAACUGGGAAUCCACUACAAGAAUAUCAACUGGAAAGGGGAUUUCUGCCUGCUUUAUCUUUGGUAAGAUGCAGCUCUGGACACGAUUCUGUGCCUCAGUAUUGCCACAAGGAGUCUGGAAGCCAUGUCAAUGUUAAUCGAAGCUUAUUUGCUGCGCACAAUGAAAGCAAAAGUCAAGCUGAUCAUCUAAGAUCUGAAAGACAUGGUUUUGAAAUGAAUGGUCUGGAAGUAUUAGAACCUUGCACAAGGAUUUUGAACGCAGUUGAACCAGAGCAAGACCCGAGUCAAGUAGGUUUAAUGGAGGAUCGAUCAAAAUCCAUGGAAGUACAGCUAGUACCAGCAGAAAAUACCGAGGCACAAUUGAAACAGUCAAUGCUUUCCAUACCCUUGACAAAACCUGUUGAAAUCUUAAAGAAUCCAGAAAGAUUAUCUGCGCUAUCAGUGGAUAUUUCUGUCCAACAAGAACACCUAAAAGGAUUGCAGCAUCAACUGUGGAGGCAAAGGGAGGAUCUUUUUGCCACAAAGAAGUUACAAGAAGAAUUCAUUUGUAGACAAAACCAACUAAAGGAUGAGAUGCUACAACAACAACAACUGCAGCAGCAUCAAACCGAGGAGAAGAUUUGGACUGAAAAUCAGCCUGGACGCUCGACACUGCAUAAAGUAAUGCAUCCAAAUGAAAAUGUUGAGCAGUUUACUCUCAUAUCAAACCUGCUGCGUUCCUUGGAGGAUUUCAAUACUGAUUCAACUGAUGAGAACUCUCAUUUAGACAAUGAAGAGCAACUGAAAGAUCCAGUGCCAUCAUUUCAAAGAAUUGAAACAUUAUUGCCUUCAUGGCAUUAUGAUUCCAAAACAGGACAAGCUGGUGAUUAUCCUGCGGAUACUCCAAAUGUUGAAGGUGUUACAGGAGAGGUUCAACAUUGGAGGCCUUCUAAACCACCAGUAACUAAGACGAGGUUGGGGCUUUGUGGAUUACUUGCACAGCAUGAAUUAAGCUCCAUUCAGGAGGUGGAAUCGCCAAAAAGUGACAGGCUGUCUAUCUCUGUUAACAGAAUGACAUCUUCACAUAACUGCUGCAAGACAGAAGGUGGAGAAUUAAUAUCAAGGAGAAUGGAUCCUUCUUAUUCCUCUGAAGUAAUAGAAUUGGAUUUGUCGAACAUGUCAACGGACAGCAGUCAGCAAAGUUCUAAUGUGCUAGAAAGUACAGCAGAAUCUAUUCAAACAGGAAGACUGACUUGGAGAGAGAAGCUGAAAUUGGGAACUAGUUGUCUUCCUGGACAAGAUAAACAAUCUUCUCUCUCAAAGUCACCAAGUUAUUCUGCCAAUGUUGAAAGAGAUGCGCUUCAAUACAGUGGCCCAACUUCAUCGCCGUAUAACAUCACUGAUAUGAUAUUUUCUCACGAUUCAUCUGAUGACACAAACAGUUUCAAUGCCAAUGAACAAACUUCAGAGGCAGAUCAAAAGUCUACCACAACAUUGUCCACAGGGAGUUUUCCUUUGAGUGAACAAACAGCUCCUGAUGCUAUCAGUUCAGCAGCUCACUAUCAGUAUACCAUUCAUGACAUUCCCAAUAGACAAUCAACUCCUACCUCGUCUUCGUGUGCAUCAAGUUUGCCAUCUUCACUCCCUGUUUGCAAAGAAAUAGUGAAGAUCCAAAAAAAUCUUUCUACCUCCAAUGAGAAAACAUGUACAGAUAAUGAAAGCAAAACUCAAAAAAUAAUUGAUAAGUACAUCCAAGAUUUAAAUAAAUUACUGUGUUCGGGUGGAAACUAUCAAGGCUCUACAACUAGUGAUGACAUUUCAGACCCGGAAUUCCCUCGCCUCUUUCUUAAGCUCCAGAAUUGCCAACAGGAUUCUAAUUUUGAAUUUCAGCCUCCAGAGACUAGACCCAACUUUAGCAUUUCCAGUUCUUCAUUAUCUCCUACCGUCAGCAAGAAUUCUAAUUCCCCAAGUAUUGGCAACAUUUCAGGAAAUCUGCAUGCUAACACAGCCACAAGCUCAGAGAUGCAGUCCUCCAAUGAUGACAUUGUACUCACUCCUGAUUCUGGAAGAACAGCUUCAGAUACAGAUCGAUUCCAGGAGUGCAUUCAGCACUCCUAUAAUGAGGAAAACAGUGAUUUGGAAUCUUUUCAUCCAAUUUCGGAAAUUACUCAAGGACAAUAUGGCUUAAGCAUGGACCACUCUGGUGAAAGUUUAAGACAGGAAUAUCACAAUGAAACUUCAAUAAGCACUGAAUACAUUCCUCCAUGUGACCUUUCAAGGACAGGGGCUGUAGGUGCAGAUUCUUUGACUGUGGGUUCCAUGAAUCAAUCGUCUUGUUCUGAACCAGCCAUUGAAAAGUUGAGAACUGUCGAUGGAGAAAAUUCCCAGGAACAUGUGGGUUCAUUCUUCCAACUAAAUGAGACAUUGAAUACAGUGAGUGAGUAUGAAAUGUCGAACCAAAAUGGAAAAUGGCUAGAGGACUGCAAGCCUGAAACACAGGUUGUCACAUUUACCAAUAAGAUAAAUUCAAAUGAUGCAACCACCUUGGAUAAUCUAUCUGUUGAAACCUCUAAGUUGAUGUUAAUGGACAAGGACAAUUCCGUUUUUAGUGAAGUGCAGCAAAUUACAGAACAGAAUCCCAUGAUGCAAACUAAGCAGGCACCUUGUACAAAAGAAGGAACUGACGCUAUGCUAGAACAUGAAUGUGAGUUGGAAGUUCAGUGGGAUCAGUCACGACCAUCAAACUUCACACCAGGAGUUUGCCUGUUGCAGAGAGUUACAUCAGAGAUAGAAUCAGAUGUUGGAAUUAUGGAAGAACCGGAACUGACACAAUUAACGAUGAAUGAUUCGACUUUAUUAGAUGAUGAACUAGGCCAAGAGUUUCCAGUUGAAAAUUUGACUACAGAAAAUGAAAUACAAUCAUUAUCUCAGGCAAAUGGAGCACAACCAGUGAUCCUAAAGAACACAAUUUCUGAUUCUCAAAAAUCUGAAGUUAUGAUAUUUGAGUUUAAACCAUCUGCUAAGAUUUUGAAUGAAACAAUUCUGAAGAAAAAACAGAAAUUUCUGACAAAUUCUGCAAAACGAGUAGAAGACAUAAAGAGGGGAAAAAAUGGAAAAUUGAAGUCUGAACUACACACACAAAUUCCUCUUAAAGAAGAACAUACUUCUACUUUUGCAUUACCAUCAUCAGUGGCAGUUCAAUUGAAGAUGGUGGGAGAAGUAAAAGUCUCUACUCCAGAGGACCGAAAAGGUGCAGAAGUAGAGAUGCGACAAAGGACACUCCGUCUCUACAGUCAGCUUGAAGAAGUGAAAAUCAAGAAUAAGGAAGUUACCCGACAAACAGUUUGUGCUAGAAAUCGGGAAAAGGCAAAAGAAUUCCAGAGGAAAACACUGGAAAAACUAAGAGCAAAUAAAGUGCGCAAAUGAUUCUUCAGCAAACUGUGAAUCAAUCAUGCAUAAUUACAUCCAAAUGUACAUACAUAUUUGUAUUAAUAUAUGUAGUCAGCGUUUUUAAAAAUUAAAAUUACCCUGUUUAUGAGUAUCUAUACAGAUCAUUGUACAAAUCUAUUGAUAAGAUUAGAAUACUGAAUUCUUUUAUUUUUGUAAAUUUUAUAUAAUUAAUUGUAUAGCACUUCUAAACUGCAUUUCAUAUUUAUUUUAUAGACCAAUACUGUUUUGUAUGAAACUACACAUCCUUUAUACAAUCUGUAAGGUAGUUAUUUGGACUAACUCACUGGAUAAAUGUCAACAUUUUUAUUGCACUUGACCUCGAGUUCAAGUUUGAACCUCAUUGGCAAUGUUACAGUACAUUUGUGUAAUGGUGUCUAUUGCAUUGACAACUAUAAAUUGACAUUCUGUUCAAAUACAAAUAUAACAUUAAUAGCUAAUAUCAACACUUUUGUACAGUGUGCUCUAAUGUAUUUGGUUGAAACUCCACAAAUAAAAUUGAUUUGUGCUGGACUG